CGGAUGUAGAACUAGAGGAAAAGGACGGAAAAAAAGGACUUAUAAAUGAUAUAAAAGAGAGGUCAGGAACGCUCACAUACCUGAAAGUCUUGCACUUCCUAGUUGUCGUUGUCCCCAUCCCUUCAGGGCCUCCUUUCCUGUCAUUAACCAACCAGCCACUUCACCUAGUGACUGACGUGACCCUGAAGACACUGCUGAGGGGAAAUGAUAUUGGAAGUGCAAGAGUGAAAAAACCUGAAAAUAAGGUUCCCUCCCCCCUCUUCCUCCUCCUCCUCCCUGUCCCACCAUGGCCCGCCCCUCCCAGUGCUCAUCGCAGGGGGACAACCCCUUGGACCCGAACUACCUCGAGCCUCACUAUCGCGAGGAGUACCGCCUGGCCAUCGACGCACUGGCGGAGGAUGACCUGGCGGGCUACUACCACUUCCUGCAGAAUCAGGGCAUGCCGGACUUCCUGGCCGAGCCGGAGAUCAAACACAUCCAGCAGACACUGCAGGUGCCCCACAUGGCUGUGCAGUCAGACUGCCUGUACCUGGAAGGAGGCUUCGAGGACCCGGACAGCUCCUCGGGAACCUACUGGCCCAUGCACUCAGACCUGGACGCCCCCGGGCUGGAUAUGGGUUGGCCCAACUUGCGUAGCUUCGUCGGCCCAACCGAGGUCACCACUCUGGUCAACCCCCCCAACCCCAACACGCCCAGCAUCAAGGAGCAGGCGCGCCGGCUCAUCAAGUCUGCGCAGCAGGUCAUUGCCGUGGUGAUGGAUGUGUUCACCGAUGUGGAUCUGUUUGCUGAUAUCUUGGACGCUGCGUCUCGCCGCGUGGCGGUUUACAUCCUGCUCGACGAGCUCAACGCACACCACUUCGUAGCCAUGGUCACCCACUGCAAAGUCAAUCUGGAGCUGGUCAAUUUCAUGCGGGUGCGGACGGUGGCAGGCAUCACCUAUUUCUGCCGCACUGGGAAGUCAUUCAAGGGCCAGGUGAUGGAGCGAUUCCUGCUGGUGGACUGCAGGGCUGUGCUCAGCGGAAACUACAGCUUCAUGUGGUCGUUUGAGAAGAUCCACCGCUGCAUCGCACACGUGUUCCUGGGGGAGCUGGUGGCCACGUUCGACGAGGAGUUCCGCAUCCUGUUUGCCCAGUCCCAACCUUUGGUUCUGAACAACGCAAUGGUGCCGAUGCCUGGGGAGAGGGCCUACGGCUCUACCCAGCACAGAAGCCAUAUGAUUGCUCCACCUAUCAUGAAGUCUAUGCAUUACCUCCACACGGAGGGAUCCCUGGCCUCCCAACACUCCUCUUACUCCUUUGACAGGAUGGACCUUGAUCGGGACCUGCCACUGCACUUAAGACGGGAAGACCCAUUCCACAACACCAUGGAAGGGUCCGCCAUGCAGAUAUUCAACAGGAAGUUCAAGAUGGAGCACUCCUUAAUGGAGCCCGGCAGAUCAAUGAUGACCAAGAAGAUGGAACUGGAGGCGUACAAGAGGCACAGCUUUGCAGAGGGGACACGCGAGAGCUACUCCUCCUCCAAGCAGUUCAUGAAGCAGAGGGUAAUGAACAAUGUUGAAGAGAUGGAGACCCAAAGCAGCCUCUUCCACAAACAACAGGUCUACCAGAUCGACAGGCCUUUAGAUCACAACAGGCAAGAGGAGCCAGGCUCGGGACACGGCAUCUUUGAGAAAAUCAGGAGCAGCCGCAUGGGGUACCAGCAAAUGGAAGACUUCCCCGAUGACUCCAGGUUCAGGGUGGAAUCGCAGAAUGUGGUUGGCUACCAAGCCCUGCUGGAUUACGUUCCUUCCAGUGCUUCCAGGGAGGUUAAGCAUGGCUCUGGGAAUCGACUCGUUUCAGGGGAAGGGUGGCAAGGGAAGGCCACUCAGAGGAGCCAAAACAUAGGACACACUUACGCCUGCCAGAUGUCCCCAACACAAAAGCAGCCCUCUGAUCAGAACCAGCUGUUCCAUGAGUCCAGCUUGGACAGGCAACCACAAGAUUCCUCUGUUAAGAAGGGGCUGAGAAAGUGGAGGAUCUCCUCUUACCUCAGUGCAUACCAAGACUCCAAAGAAGAGGGUGCACAGCAGCCUAUAACAGAGCUGGAAGCCUUCGAUGACAGCUCCCAACCUUCGGAAGAGCUGUUUACUGGUCCAGAGCCAUCUGUCCCCAGAUUUCCCACAAGAGAGGCUCCAAAGAUGCCCUCUUUUAAGCCUAGCGAGCCCCCACGUUUCACAAGGAUGAUUGCUCCACAGAUUGUGAAAGAUUCUCCAGCUUCAGGGUCAACAUCAGAAAUUGCUGAUGAAACAGACAGCAAGGAACUAGGGGAGGUCGCCCUUUCAAAGCAUGAAUCCAUAAGGCAUAGAUUGAACCCUAUGCUUCAGAGGAGCUCCAGGUUAAGAUCUUCACUGAUCUUCAGUUCAUCCAAGCAAGAGCAGCACAGUUCAUCAUUGCUUACCCAGAGAGAGCAGUCAAUAGGCGAGUCAAAGGAGGAAAACGACCCCUUUAAACCAUCAAUGAUUAUUUCUGAGAUUCUUGACAAGAGGAGAUCCAUCACCCGGGCGCCUUUUGAUUUCCAUUUGACUGACAAGAGUAAGGCUAGCAUUAAGGCUUCUCCUCUAGUUGAACUGCAAAAGGUUCCUCCACCAGAGGAACCACAAAAGGUUUCUCCACCGGAAGAACCGAGUGAAGUUCCUAGUGCAGCACCAACAAAGAGCAUGGACAUGGUCAACAUGAAUGAUCCCAAUGUCAGACUUUCUGUUUUCAAAGAGUUAGCUGCCAAACGUAAAGCAGCUAAAACAACUGUUGACUCAAAUAGCAAAGUGCCGGAGCCUGCCAACAAAAAGCCUGCAGUUAUAAACAAUGUACCUAAGCCAGCUAAAACACCAGAGCCACAGCCUUCCACACACAAGGAGGUCAAGCAGCCUUCCACACAAAACAAGGUCAAACCUGCUGCUGAAGUCUUUAAUACAGAGCACCAAGCCCUGCCUGCAAAGUUAACUGAGCCUCCUCUUCAUAAGGUGUCCUCGCAGAACAUAGUCAUUACUGAUGCUACUGACUCCGAGAAGAGGGAGCUGAAAAGGUCCUGCAGCCAGAGUAGUUCAUCCUUGGCUCGGGGGGAGUCGGUGGAGAAACUGAACAAGGUCCACGGCUCCAACACCUCACUAAAUCUCCUGGACGAGAAGGGAAAGCAGGAUCCGAAGGCCAUAGAAUUCCUUAAGAAGGGAUCCCAAAAGCUCAAAGAGUUCCUCGGACAGAAGGGAGAUAAGAAGAUUGGUGAGGAAGUUGCGGAAGUGUCCGAGGAACAGAGUUCCACAGACACUAAGGUGGAGAGUCCAGAAGCAGUGGAGAACAAAGAGGACAAGACCCGCAAGUCCUCUCAGUCAGCCCCACCCAAGAGCAACCAGAACAGGUUCAUAUCCUCCACCUCCAACGUGCUCUACAGUAGCAACCUCCGAGAUGACACCAAGGUCAUCCUGGAGCAGAUCUCCGCCAACAGCCAGAACAGGAUAGAAAUGGCCAAGCAGGCUUCCAACAACAAAAUAGAGUCCAGCGAUGGUUCUACCUUAGAGAACAAUGCUCAGUCUGUCAGCAGGCCUGAAAUCUCUCUGACCAAGAGCCGGUUUCAGAAGCCACAGACCAACCCGGAGGAGCGGGACAAGCUCAUCAAGAAGAUGGACAGCAUGCGCAGAGAGAAGAGGGUCUACAGCCGGUUUGAGGUCUUCUACAAGAACAAAGAGGAAGCGCCCAAAUCGGAGAUGGACCAUGACCCUGAGGAGGACGGGAAAACGGACAGCAGCAAGGAAUCGAUGAUAGAUAAACUCAAGCUGGGACUUUUCAAAAACAAAAAAUAAUGCUGCAGUUCUGAGUACACAAUACUGACAAACACCAAUUCGAGCUACGGAAAUGUUGACCAUAAUAAUAGCAAUAACACAGCAAUAGUGAUUUACAAAGAAACUUGCAGAAAGCUCCAGAGUGGCCCUAUAGCUUGGAGAUCUCUGGUUCGAAUCCAAGCUAUGCCUCUGUUGACCAUGGAUGGGAGUUUCCAGGGGGCGGUGCACAAUUGGCCAAGCGCUGCCCAGGUGGAGUGGGGGCUAGGUCGGCUGGAGAGUCCUUGGCUCACCGCACACCAGCGACCCCUGUGGCAGGCUGGUUGCCUGCAGGCUGGCCUGUACGCAAUUCAGAACAGCAUGGUGGCGGGCUUGAAUAGCGGAAAAAAGCGGACGGCUGACGUGUGCUCGUCCUCGUCUCUCAGAGUUAGUUCGAUGGUUACAGCUGUGAGCCAGGGUGAAUAAUAAUUGGACAUUCCAAAAAAUUGUGAGAAAAAAAUUGGAAAAUGAAUAAAAAUAAUUGUUAAAAGAAAAAAAAAGAAACUUACAGAAUGAUCUGUGUCUUUUUUUAAAUGCCUGAAUGUGCUUAUACUGCUCACAGCUGAAGGAAGCUACAGAACCAAAUGACCAACUACUUUUUAAUUUACUAUUUCAACUGAAUAAUACCUGAAAAACAAACUGACCUAAUACCUGUGGACAGGUAUGAUUCAUGCUGGUUUUAGCCUAGAUGCUACAGUACUCCAUAUGCAGAGAUCGAUAAUUCCAGUAAUGCUGUAGUGCUGCUUGGAGAGGUUAAGGAUCAUGGAUUUCCCGUUUGAUUUGGGAAUUGCGUCAAUAUGUCUUUAGCCAUUUGUACAGUACAGAACUGAAUGUGAGGUGAUUACACUGAACACUAAUUUCUUGCACUAAACUAGGGCUUGAAUCAUACCCCUUGGCAGGGUCCAAAAAACAAGGAACACAGGACCAGAAUUUGAAUGCUUUUACUCCACUGUUCCAGAGGUUGCAUAAUUUUUCAAUCAAUUUAAUUCUUUCCAAAAGCUUACUAAACCUAGUGCAACAUGUUUUUAUAUCUAUUAUUAUUAUUAUUAUUAUUAUUAUUAUUAUUACAUUUCUAAUGAUUUCAUGGCUCUGAACUGUUACCAGAUAGGAUUACUGCAUCUAUGUAUCAUUUUCAUAGAAAUAGUGGAUGUAGAUUUUCCGAGGUACUAAAAGUAAGUUAGGUCAAGAAGAGCACAUCAGUCUGUUACAGGUGCCAUAAAAACGGUGUAUUACAUUCAUUUUAAAACAAAAAAAGCCAUUAAAUCUUUGUCAAAGUACUGAGGGGGAAUUCCACGAUUGGUUCAGUUUAGUUUGAUUCCUUGUCUGUUGGUUGAGUUUGAUGUAAAACAUUUAGACUAUUUUUCACAGUGGGCAAAUUGCACACAUCAUGCAUUUACUCUGGAGUGGGCAACUUGUCAUGGAAGUCUAAGACCAGCAAUCUUAUUGUAACCCAUGCUAGACGUAAAAAUUGUUUGCAGAAUAAUUAUUAAAUAGAUUUAAAAUGACAAGAUGAACCAGAAGAUUCUGUAUCCAAGUUGAAUGAUGUUUACAGCAGGGAGUACUGCACGCUAAUGUGCUUGUUAGUUGUUUACUACUGUAUGUUUUUCCUUGAAUGAGGAAUGAUACAGAAGUGUAUCUUGUACUGUGCUCUGUAUGUCUGCUACACGUCUUGCAAGAAGUGCCUACAUUGUAAUGCUAAUGAGAAGUGCCAAUUAUGUUUGUAGUAUUUUAUUCUUGUAUUGUAUGCAGCAUAUACAGUAGUAUUUUGGAUAAGCAGUUUUGUAGUUAUAUGUUAAUCCAGUGGUUUUCCAACUUUUUAGGCCCUGUACCCCCUUCCAAAUAAUCUAGUCUACCACAUAGCCCCAUCUGAUUUAGAGUAAUAAUUAGAGGUGUACCUAAUUCGGGAUUUCACGGAAAUCGGGAAACUGGGGUCACUGCGAAAUUCACCUCGAAAAAGAAAAAAAAAAAGACCCAAUUUAAAUGGACUACUGUACAACGCAAGCAACGCAAACUACAUAUCUUCAUUCUGUAGAGAGGUGCUUUUAUUUUUUUUGCCAUCCUGUAUGCAUUGCACUUUGUGUGGAGGGAAAAAAGCAAACAAAAACCAUCCUUAGACAAAUAAAAAAAAAAACCAAAAAAAAAAAAACCUUUGUUUACUGACAACAAUAUUUUAAUCAGCCUAUCUAUCAGUGUAUCUGUACUGGCCUGUACACUAGGAGGUGGGAAAAAGUCUGUUGCAUUGCUAUUUUGAUUUAGGUUGCAAAAAUCUAGUUUUCAGCAUUAGAGGUAAAACGCCAAAAACGGACGAUAAUGCUGAGGGUCGUGUCAAAACAUUUCCCAAAGAAACUUUUUACAUGCAGAUGGAGGUAAAUUGUUUUGCACAUCUUGCAAUGUGACUUUGAAGAUGAUACGAUCAAUUGCUAUUUCGCUUCAGAAUCGCACAUCAAACGAACAGCUACUACAAAGUCUGCUAAACAGAAUGUAAAAAUAACAUCAGCUUUCAGAAAAGAAGCUUGAAUCUCAGAGCAGACCAGAAGUAUUCCUAUUGGUUGUAGGCAAGUUAAAUCAGUACUGCAGGUAUGAUCUAGCACAGCCACCUUGCUUCACUUUUUUAAUGCAGUUAGAAUUUUCAAGCUGAAUUAGCACGUUUUCUUUAUUUUGACUGAAUGUAUGGGCCAAUCUUCACACCACAGCACAAUGUUUUAGUAAGGAAGCAAAUGUCACUAUUUAUAGGUUUUUAUAGUGCUCUGAAAUAUUAUCAACUUAGGUUUAUUUAAUGUUUAAAUGGGUCCUAACCUACCUGGGAAAAAUGUGUAAAUUCUCAGCUAUUUAAGUAGACCCGUAGUCCAUAAUAUACCUAUGAAAACAGGACAAAAAUAAUGGUCUUUUCUAAUUUCUAGAUUAAGUACUGUAAAUGGAAAACUGCUAACAAAAUAAUAUUGUGUUUUAUUUGGUGCAAAUGCACCAACUGAAAAAGCUACGUAAAGUUAUUCCACUAAGUCUCCAAGAAGUAUGCUGAAAGGAGUCCAAAUUAGAGUCCAAAAACAGGGUAUGCUUCUGAAAAACAAAACUAAACUACACUGAACUAGUUAUACUACUAACACUAAACAUUUAAACUCCAGAAAGUAAACCUAUCCAGUAAAUACUACACAUUUUUAAAAGAAGCAACAUCAUACAAUC